GGAAAAGGCGACGCGAGCCGGGCGGGAAGACAAUGGCAAUGGGGGUACGGCGCUACACGCUGGUGCUGCUGCUGCAGCCGCCGCGCGUGUUGCUGGGCCUGAAGAAGCGCGGCUUCGGGGCCGGGCUCUGGAACGGCUUCGGUGGCAAAGUGCAGACGGGUGAGAGCGUGGAGGCGGCGGCACGGAGGGAGUUGCUGGAAGAGAGUGGGCUCACGGUGGACACCUUGCAGAAGAUGGGGCAGAUCACCUUCGAGUUUACAGGCAACUCUGAGCUCAUGGAAGUCCACAUCUUCCGAGCAGACAGUUUUCACGGCGAGCCAACGGAAAGCGAGGAAAUGCGUCCUCAAUGGUUUCAGCUUGAUCAGAUGCCGCUCAGCCAUAUGUGGCCAGAUGAUGCCUACUGGUUUCCACUGCUGCUCCACAAGAAAUUGUUUCUUGGCUAUUUUAAGUACCAGGACCAUGACACCAUCCUGGAAUAUACGCUGAAAGAGGUAGACGAGGUACAAGAAGAAAACAAAGAAACAUUCCACACUUCCCACAUGGGCAACAUCAUUCCCCAAAUUGGACAAGCAAGCAAGUAAAGGAUUUGGACAUCCUUGGUUUGCACCGCCUUCUUGCAGUGGUGUCACCAGCUGCCCAACAACAGGCAUUUCUUCCAGAGAAUCCGAGAAACACGAGGAAGUGAAGUGGUUUUCCUCAAAGAGAGAACAAAAUACAGUCGUUUUUGUACUUCUCCAUUCCCUAGUUGUAGUGUGUUAUAUUGUUGUUUGAUGACUCCACUAGGUAGUUUUUUCCUUCACAGUUUACUUGUUAGUUUUUUUCCCCUUUAUGUUGGACUUUUUUAAACAUUAAAUUUUUCUAAAAACAGA